GCAGAGGGAAGCAGGAUGCUAGUUACCUUCGGUGUAGCCAUGAAGCUUUAGCCUUCAUUCACCGCUUUUUUAAUGCACUUAGUGGGUACAUAUGUUUUAUUUAAGCCGCCCCGGUGGAUAUCUAUCGGAUGCACCAUUAAACAGCGCUUUCGGAUGAGUUAAAACGCCAAUCUCCACGUUGUUUUGAUAUUGUUGAGGUUAGCCACUGUUAGCACCCCCUUACUUUUGCAUGGGGAGUUAGCUUAGCACGUCAAAGUUAGACCAAAUCUUAUCCGCGAACGUAUCUUACUAUGGAAAAUAGCCUAAAACCAGCUUAGUUAUGUUUUUAAAGUGUGAUAAUUAUAAUGUAGUUUGGUUUAGACAUAAAUAUAAGCACUCUGUAGCCUCCUGCUUAGCUCUGAACUCGGGGUAUGACUUCUCAUAUGCUGUCAAUGGAGCCUCCACUGGUUACACUACCUCAAUUCACCGAAAACUCAUAUAAAAUGACUGAGGACGACGUCAAGAGAUUGAUCGAGUUCAGAGCGUCCAACGAGGCUCUGUUCACCGGAAAAAGGAAUUCAGCCAAGAUCGCCUGGAGUGUUAUUUUAAAAGGCCUGGGACUCGAGGGGAAACUAACUCCAGACCAGAUUGCCAAGAAAUGGGACAAUCUUCGAACAAAAUAUAAGGACCUGAAGCAGCCAUACCAGGGGCAGGAGGUCUCUGGAGUGGUGGAGUCGUGGCCUUGGUUCCACAUGAUGGAAGAGGCGAUGCAUGGACGCCUCUACAACAGCAGCAUGGUCCUAAACCCAGACUCUGAGCCCGACCAGAACCAAGAGCAGAACCAGACGCAGAACCAGACCCAGGAGAACCAGGACAUCCUCGAGUUCCUGAUAAAGACUGAGAUGGACGAGUCGGUGAACAUGAGCCGAAGGACGAGAAGCUCGACAGGGAACACUACCACAGGAGCAGCUCUGGGUUGGAGGAGGAUAUCAGAAUGCUCCUACAAAUGGACUGACAAUGAAACGGAAAAGCUAAUCAAACUUCGAGCUGCAAAUGAAGUGCUGUUCACUGGAAGAAGAAACACUGCUAAACCUGCCUGGAGAGCCAUCCUGUUUGAGAUGGGACUGCAGGGGAAAGUGUCCAUCGAUCAACUGGCAAAAAAAUGGGACAAUCUCAAGAGGAAGUACAAGGAGCUGAAGUUCCCUGCUCCCGGUGUAGAUCCAAACCUGAGCUCGUGGCCUUGGUUCUUCCGGAUGAACGAGGCGAUGGAGGGACGCCUGGCCGGAGCCGCCCCCCUCCUCACUCCCAUCAUUGAAGACGAAGAUGAGUUCUGUGAAGCUCCCUCCCCGAUGCCCAAAAAGAGACCAAGACGUAGCCGUGGGAUGACGGACUUCCUGACAGAGAGCGAGAUCGACCUGCUGGUGGAAAAUGUGGAGAAGAACGGAGCGGGGAACUUAGCUGAGACGCACAGAGGGAGUGAAUACAGCUACAAGUUGACGGAAGAAGACACUCGCAGACUAAUCGAGUUACGAGCAGCGAAUGAAGUUCUGUUCACAGGAAAAAGGAACACUGUCAAACCAGCCUGGAGGGGAAUUGUGAAGGAGCUUGGCCUCACAGGGAAAAUCACUCCAGAUCAAGUCGCAAAGAAAUGGGACAAUCUCAAGACCAGGUUUAAGGACCUGAAGUUCCCUCCUCAGGGGAUGGAGGGCCAGGUGAACCCUGCGGGCUGGCCCUGGUUCCAGCUCAUGAGUGACGCAUUCGAGGGCCGUCUGCUCGGGAAAGCACCCGCCGUGGAGCCUGUGUGGAAUAACGCAGACGACACCCUCUUCCUGUCUUCCCCCCCACCUUCUGUGCCCCCAGAGAGAGACUGCCCCCUGGAGGACCGGAGCGCGGUGCAGGAACUGGAGCAGAGUCUGGUGUCAGAAAACUCCAUAGAAAACUCCAUAGAAAACACAGAGCACGAGGAGAGCCUGGGACACUCGGAGGGGAACGUGACCCUUAUAGACGCCAAUGGAGAGGAGUCAUCACCCACAGAGCACUCAUAUAAGAUGUCGGAGGAGGACACACAGAAGAUGAUCAAACUCAGAGCUGCAAACGAGGCCUUAUUCACCGGGCGCAGAAACGCCGCCAAAGCUGCCUGGAGAGCGAUCCUGAGAGAGCUGGGUCUACAGGGGAAGGUCUCCACUGUUCAACUCGCCAAAAAAUGGGACAAUCUCAAGAGGAGAUACAAGGACCUGCGGUUUCCUCCUGUUGGGAUGGAGACGUCAGUGGACCCUUCCUCUUGGCCCUGGUUCAGUUUGAUGCAUGACGCCAUCGAGGGCCGCUUGUCCCACAGCGCCCCCCUGCUCGACCCCGAGAACUGCGGCGAAGAACCCGACGACCCCCCCAACAAACUUCGCCCACAGCGCCAAAUAGCCCCUCCCAUACCUCACCAAGCACCGCCUACUCCUCACCAACCUCCGCCUACUCCUCACCAACCCCCUCCUCCUCCUCCACCUCCACCUUCUCACCAACCAGCCAAUCAAAUUCACAUCCCUCCCAAUACCGCCACUCCUACGCCCACCGCCCCCGCUCCCGAUUUUAGCACGGAAACAUUUGUGACUGAGAAUAACGUAGCUCUGCAUCGCGAGUGGGGGAUUUUGGACCGAGAGCGCGCCCUGCUGGAGAGAGACAGACAGCUGGUGGAGCAGGAGAAGGCUUCUGUACAGAGGGAGAGGGCGGCGGUGCAGGCGGAGAGGAUGUGGCUGGAGCGGGAACGCGCCGAUCUGCAGCGCGACCGUGCCAUGGUGGACCAGGAGAGGGCAGCGCUGGCACGGGACAGAGAGAUACUGGACCAGAGGGCGAUCAUGCUCAACACUGUAGGACACGUGCAACACCUCAACUCGCUCAUGUAGAGUCCGAACUGUUGUUUUUAAAGGUGCGCUGUGGAACUUUUCUGCUGGAGGGUCAGAACGUGUAGGGCUGGGCAGGUAAAUUAAAAGGCCUGUACUUGAUUUCAAACCAUGACACAAGGGCUGGGCAGGUUUAGCCCACUAAGUUUUUUCAAAAGUUGUGAUCUUGCACCAUGACAGAGCAAUAUUUGGACUUUUUAGCACAUCGGCUCUCUGCCUUGUGGUUUUGGUCAAUCUACUACCUAAAAAACACAGUAUUAAUUAUUUGUAGUAGUAAAUUUAAAUUACAUAAUCUGCGGAAAAUAAUAAAAAUAUCAUCCCAAAAAUAUUGAGCUUAUUAGGCAUCAAUUCUUGCUUUGUUUAAAAUACAAUCAGUAUUGGCCAUGAAAAAAACCUUCUCGGUCGAUCUCUAGUUAUUUCCCAUCAUUCUUGGACAAAAAGAGGUGACCCUGUUAGGAGCUUCAGUAUUAGUUGAUACACAAAAAAUGCUUAGUAAAAUGUAUAGAUUUUUCUAUUAUAUUCUCUCUUUAUUAAGACUGUACUCAAAAUAUCAUAUUUUGGCAAUACGUGUAUCGAUACAAAGAUGUUUUUAAACAACAGAGAAUGACUAUAAAUUACAGAGUUGUGCAUCUAUUAAUCUGCUAAUUACUGCAUGAAGGCUUAAUAGACAGUUGUAUUCCAUUAAGGGCAUUGUGAAUAUGAACUUCCGAUGCAUUUUGUUAUUCUACAUAAUCAGUACCUCCAUUUUUAACUCCAGUUUUAAGUGGCAUCCAUGUAUUGGGACAUAUAUCGUGUCGUGGAUGAAUCAUUCCACACCAAAUCUAUGAAUGUCAUCGCUCGACCAUCUCAGAUUUGACUGAAAAAAUUCUAGGAGGUUCACACACUUUCUAAGAGGAAAAGUCCCAAAUUUUUCCUUAUAGUUUUGUCAUUAAAAGAUAUUUUGUCAACUCCCCCCCUGAUCUGUUUUGAAUAGAGUUUUCCAAGGAGCCACUUUCAGAUUGCUGUAUCUAAAAAACUAUUUAAGGCCGGUCCAAGUCAAAUUUUCAAGGGUUAAAAUGUGACAAAUGUACUUGUAGAAUCUGGACUUUUACACAUGUGCUUUUGGUUUAUCACAGAUUUCUGGGGGCUUAAAUUUACUCAAAAAUUCUACUCUUCAAAUAUAAGUGUGUCUCUGUAGGACUGUGGAAAGUGCAAUUUGUAUUUUAAAACUGACCCUCUGUGAUGAUCGCUCUACAAGAUAUCAAGUGUUAAAAAUGGAAAAAAAAUAAAUAUUUUUUUUUAGAUACAGCAAUCUGAAAGUGGCUCCUCGGAAAAGUCUGCUCACAACAGGUCAGGGGGGAGUUGACAGAAUAUUUUUAAUGACAAAUCUAUAAGGAGUUGGGAACUAAAAUUUGGGACUUUUCCUAUUGGAAAGUAUGUGAACCUCCUAGAAUUUUUUCAGUCAAAUCUGAAAUGGUCGAGCGAGGGCAUUCGGAGAUUUGCCGUGAAAUGACCCAGAUUCUACAUUGGGUCACGUAUUGUAUCGUGAGCUACUUUGCAAUACCCAGCUCUUGUAUCAAUAUUUAUUCAGAUUCAGAUGUGUAUCUAUUUUCAAUACUAGCUUCGGUAAGGGUAUCGAUUUUUUAAUUUUGUAUUUUUUGUGACAGCUCUGCUCCAUGGAGACGUCACUUCUUUGCUUGGAAUGCUUCAGGGCAUGGCGUUAAACCUAUCUAUCUCUAUGGAAACAAGCCAGCGUCUGACCCUCCACCAGAAAAUGUACACGGCGCGCCUUUUUAAUCCACAAAACCGUUACUUUAUUUCUAAAUUACAAUGAAAGUUAAAGUUCAAAGUAAAACAGUGAAUCAGUUAAAGCAUUCACUUGACUUCAACAUGUUCUAAAGUGUCAGUUCAUGAGUUUCAGUAGCAUAACGUUUUCUUUUCAUGGACACCAUUUUGAGAACUUUCGAAAAGAGCAUUUGCUUUUGAUUUGUAUGUUGUUAUGGCAACGGUUCUCAUUUUUCAGCAAUCUGAAACUCACAGGUGGUUUAAAAUGGGCCUCAGAAUUCUAUGGUAGAGUUUGCUGUUUAUCUGUCAUAUUGCAGAUUUGAUGACCUGGUUUAUGGUUUGUAUCUCUUUAAUUACUGGACCUAUUCAUAUGAAACAAAAACUGGCACAAAGUUCAAUGUUUUCUUAGUUCGCACAAGCAAUUUAAGGGCACUUAUUUCACUCUAAUGUUAAAAAGUGGUGACAUUAUUCAAACACACAAGCGCAAAUGCUGUCAGCUGAAAGGGAGCUAAGAGAUUAAUAUGGCAAAUUCAAAUUCACGAUUUGAAUUUGGCUCGAACCCCUUUCAAAGAUUGAUAUUGCAAAUUUAAAUGCUGAAUUUGAAUUUGAAUGGCAAAUUCAGGUAAUGAUAAGGUUCAAAAUGUUGUAUACCUUCUCUGUUUGGUUAUUGCUUUCGAAAACAGCAAAUCUCCCAUAGAAUUAUAUACACAAGUGCCCUCCAUUUGAAAUUUUGACGGAAAAGCUGUUCUAAAGCUAGUUCAGGGCAAAUUUGAAGUGUUUUUUCACGGCCAGUGGUGAUAUUGAUUGUUUAGAAUUCAGACAAAUCAAAGGCUGAUAAGGUUUGCCGAUAUUUGGGACAGAUUUUGAUCAUUUUCUCCAAAUUAUUGUUUAAAUGUAUUCAAAACUCACCCAUAGCACUUUCUUUUCCGCCAAUCUAUAAGAGUGCGGUAUAGUCAUGUUUCAGCUGUUAUCUUUUAGCACUAAAGUGUUCAAAUGAAGCUUUAUGCAUAUACUUUUUCCAGCAGGUCAAUCAAAACUAAAUAUCGAAAAUUUAAGACAGAUAUCCUAAACAGUUGCCAACCGAUUUACAUAUUGGCCUAUCUCUAGUGUUUUUCGUAGCAUUGGUUUGUGGAAUGGCCACAAGACUUGCUGAUCUUUUUAUUUGACCCUCUCCUCUGCUUCUCUGCUUCAUCUGACCCUCUCCUCUGCAUCAUCUUCUUUAUCUGGCCCUUUCUUCUGAAUUCUCUGCUCCAUCUGCUCAUUCUGACCCUCUCCUCUGCUUCUUCUGACCCUCUUCUCUGCUCCUGUGCUUCUCUGACUCUCCUGUGCAUCCUCUGCUCCAUCUUAAACUCUCCUCUUUAGUGUCUGCUCCAUCUGAUCUUCAACUCUGCACCAUCUGCUCCAUUUGACCAUCUCCUCUGCAUCUUCUAUUCCUUCUGACCCUCUUCCCUGAUCUUGUGGUCCUCUGACUCUCUCCUCUGCAUCAUUUGCUCCAUCUGAUCCUCUCCUCGGCAAAAUCUGCUCAUUCUGACCUUCUCCUCUGCUCCAUCUGCCCCUUUCCUCUGCAUCCUUGACUCCUUCUGACCCUCUUCUCUGCUCUUGUGCUCCUCUGAUCCUCUACUGCAUCAUCUGCUCAUUCUGACCCUCUCCUCUGCGCCUCUGACCCUCUACUCUGCAUCUACCCAUACAGUCACUAUCCUUCCUCUGUACACACUAUUUUAAUGUGGGCACUACAGUAUCUCCUAAGCCUCUCCCAUGGGCCGUCCCUCCUUUAUAAAUUGUCUCGAUAAUCAGUAUUUAUUUCAACCACUUGUAUAAAGGAACAUUCUUGCCACUUUUGGAUUUGAAAAUAUUUUAAUUUCUUUUGGACAACGCCUUAAUCAGUUGUAGAAAAUGUUUUGUAAAAAAAAAAAAAAAAAAAAAAAGCAAUAAUCUUGUGUUACAGCGUGGACUGAAAAAGUGUGUUCAGAUUGUUCAUGCGUGUGAUAUCAUGUAAAAAGUUGGUCUGUUUGGUUUUUAAAUUUUCAAAUAUAUUUUUUAAAAAGUUAA